GAAAGUCCGACCGAGGUUUCGUCAUGCCGUUGAUUCGCAAAGAGGGCAAGGACACCAUUAUCUUCGCGUCCAAAGAGGAUCACGCGGUACCUAGCAAAGUCAGUUUACCGGAAUCAGAACCCAGUCCCGGUCUGUUGUUACCCAACGGCGAGAUCAAUUGGAACUGUCCGUGUCUGGGCGGCAUGGCGACCGGUCCGUGUGGGAUAGAAUUCCGCGAGGCCUUUUCCUGCUUCCACUAUUCGACCGCGGAUCCAAAAGGCUCGGAUUGCCGAAAGGCGUUCGAGGUGAUGCACGAAUGCAUGUCGCAGUAUCCGGCGUUGUACGAGAGCAAAGGUGGAUCAACGGAAGAUCUAGACGACGACGACGACGACGAGGACGACGAGGAGGAGAAGCAGAAGGCGAGCAGUCGGGACACGUUGCAAAAGACGAAGACGGAAGAAACAGUGAAUAUGUCGAGUUUGAAACAGGAAGUGGAACGAGCUAAGACUAACUGAACGUCGUGUGUCGUUUGCUCAUAUUCAAGUUUUCGUUUCACACUAGUUUUCAAGACGAUACGUAACGGUAUCUUGUUUUUUCUUUAACUCAUCUUUUUUUGGAGAUACCGAGUAUCUCCAAAUGCCUUUGCCACAAUACGGUGUUGGUAAACAGUCACAGAGAUGCGUUUCAAAGGUAAAAAUAAGACUUAAGACGAGAGAUCUCUGAUAAAACAAAAAAUAAGACGCAACAAAGAGUGAUAGUAGGGAUAAAUAAAUAAACACAACGCACUUUAGCUAUUUUUUCCUCAGAGGCCCGUAAAGGGCCUUGAGUUCAAGAGGUAACGCGUGCGGAAAGAUAGCGGAUUUUUAGGACAGUAAGAUAUUGGAUAUACGCAACUGUGUAACUCCAAGUUGUUCAAACUUUAAUGUUAUUAAAAAACAAAAGCUUUUAUUCCUUC